AUGCGUCUUCAAUGGGUUAUUGCAGUCCUUGUUCUGGUCGUUCCACUUGUGACUGCUGCUGCCCCAGAUGUAGUUCUUGAGACUUGGGAUCCCGUACAGAACACCAGCGAACCAUAUUGGAUAAAUACCGCAGAGUUCGCUGUCUCUUCGUAUAACAAGCACGAGAAGAAGAAUUUGGUGUUUGAAAGCGUGGUCAAGGGCAAGACACGCUACGAGGUAACAGGCCUCUAUAUUGUCCUUGUCAUUAAGGUCAAAGAUGGGUCAUUGCCCAGCGCAAAUUAUGAUGUUGCAUAUUGUGAUAUGGAUUCUCUUAUACCAACCAUAUUUUUCCUCUUCUUUUUCUUGGGUACAAUUUCGGGUGCACCCUAUAAUGAAAUGAAAUAUGAUUUUCAAAACUACGUUCCAAACACCAUCAUGGUCGAUAAGAGUGGUCGAGGAAAUUUUACCACAGUGCAAGAAGCCAUCGAUUCUAUACUGUCAAAUAACUCUUUGUGGACUCGUAUCCUUAUUAACCAUGGUCUCUACAUGGAAAAAGUUGUGAUUCCUCGAAACAAACCAUAUAUUAUUCUUGAAGGCGACCCUAGACAUGAUACCGCAAUCGAAUAUGGAGAUUUUGGCAGUGUUAUUGACAGUCCUACAUUCAAGUUGUUUGCAGAUAAUUUUGUGGCACGGAAUAUAAUAUUCAAGAAUUCAUACGACCGUCUUAUCACACCGGGUCCAAAUGGAAGGAAAACUACUUGGGCACCUGCAGCUUCAAUUUCUGGAGAUAAAGCAAGUUUUUAUCAUUGUGCUUUCAUUAGUUUGCAAGACACAUUGAGUGAUGACGUUGGUCGUCACUAUUAUUAUGACUGCUUUGUUGAAGGGGCUAUAGACUUCAUUUGGGGCAAUGGCCAAUCAAUUUAUGAGAAAUGCCAAUUAAGAUCAGUAACAGACAAAAUAGGUGUACCUGGUUUUAUCACAGCGCAGGGUCGUAAGGACCUAAAGGAAACUAGCGGUUAUGUAUUCAAAGAUUGCUAUGUAAAUGGAACAGGCCCUAUAUUUUUAGGAAGACCAUACAGAAAUUAUUCAAGAGUAUUGUUUGCCUCCACAUAUAUGGAAAAUAUUAUAACCCCAGAGGGUUGGUCCACAUGGGAAAAGAGAUCACUGAAUUUAAUCACAUUCUCAGAGGUGAAUUGCAAAGGUCCUGGAGCAGAUAUGUCCCAUCGUGUCCCAUGGGAGAAGAAGUUAUCAGAUCAGGAAGUGGCAUAUUUAACAAAUCCAGCUUCUUUCAUAGACCAAGAAGGAUGGUUGGGAAAACAACCCAAUUAA